CUAUGUAGAAUACGCAACACCAGAUGGUUUCCUUCGCCAGAGUUUGCAUCCAACAGGGUGACCAUGUUUUCCUUCCGCAAUUCCCAAUACAAAUGGCCUUUGUGGGAACCGGCAAAUAAAUCCCAGAGAGAGACAGAAACAGAGCGAGAGAGAGAGAGGGAAUAGGAACGACUGCGUUUUACUGAGAAGGAGAUGAGGUGGACCGGAGAAUUAUCGGACGGUGAAGGUGGCGGUGGGGGGCGCACGGUGUUGGUUGGGGUGAAGUUCGACUCUCAGAGCCGGGAAUUGCUGACGUGGGCGCUGGUCAAGGCGGCCCAGCCCGGUGACCGUGUCAUUGCCCUUCACGUUAUCGACUGCGACAGUGAAGGCACAGCGUCGCUUCUCUCGAUGGUGAAGACAUUUGACUCUGUACUCUCUGUAUACGAAGGCUUCUGCAACUUGAAGCAGGUUGAUCUGAGGCUGAAGGUCUGUAGAGGCUCAAAGGUCCGGAAAAUUCUAGUCCGAGAGGCGAAAUCGUACGGUGAAGCUACGGUGGUUGUGGGAACUUCUAAAGUCCCUAAAAGAAUCGGGUCGUCGGCCUCGUUCGCCAAGUACUGCGCCAGAAAGUUGUCCAAACAUUUCGGUGUUUUCGGCGUUAACAAUAGCAAAGUUGUGUUCCAGAGAGCGGCGACUUCUACAAACGCCCAUGAAUUGCGAGGAAGAGUGAAUUUGGAUGAGGGUCACCGUUGUUUGGAAAAAUCUGGCUCAGGUUUGACGAAUCAGAAUUGCUUGAGUUGUGCAGCGGUUGUGGGUAAUUGUGAAACCCAAUCUAUGGAUGAGUUGCCCGGGGAUGGUGGCGAGGACAAUUCGUUGGCUUUGGUACCAUACCAAUCAUUGGAGGCUGAUACAAAUUCUAGUUCCGUUGUGAUUCCAGAAUCACCAGAGUCCAAAUCUGGGUGGUCAAUUCUUCGCUGGGCGUUUCUAUCCAAGCGGCAACAUGUCGAGAAAUCAUUAAAAAGGACAUCUGUGUUUCAGUGGUUAUUAAGAUUACCGAGCUGGCAGUCAUCAGCUGUGGUCUAUCCUGAUCAGAAGAAGAGUAAUUGUGAUCAGGAAGAUGAUAAUUGUUACCCUCUUGAUGAAGAGAGCGGUGCAAUUGUGCCAUUUAGAUCUGCUACUGUGUGUCCUCCUCUUUCCCCUUGCAGCGGCUCGGUUAGCCUUCCUAAAGAGUUGUUGAAUUUACGUGGGAUAUACUCCUCCAGCUGCAUGUGUUUUAGCUACCAGGAACUCUUGUUGGCAACCUCUAAUUUCAUGCCUGAAAAUAUGGUUGGUAAGGGUGGUUGUAGUCAUGUUUACAAAGGGUGUCUUCCAGAUGGCAAGGAAUUGGCUGUCAAAAUUUUGAAGCCAUCUCAAGAUGUUCUAAAAGAGUUUGUUCAGGAAAUUGAGAUCAUAACAACUUUACAUCAUAAGAACAUAAUCUCGCUAGUUGGGUUCUGUUUUGAGGACAACAAUUUGAUAUUGGUCUACGAUUUUCUUUCAAGAGGAAGCCUAGAAGAGAACCUUCAUGGUAACAAGAAGGAUGUGAAAGCAUUUGGUUGGCAAGAAAGAUAUAAUGUAGCUAUGGGUGUAGCUGAGGCGUUGGACUUUUUACACAAUAGCUGUGCAGAACCUGUGAUACACAGGGAUGUGAAAUCCUCAAACAUCCUUCUUUCUGGUGAUUUUGAGCCACAGCUCUCAGAUUUUGGACUUGCUAGCUGGGCAUCGACUUCAUCCAAUAUUACCUGCACCGACGUUGCAGGAACCUUUGGUUACUUGGCUCCAGAAUACUUCAUGCAUGGCAAAGUGAGUGACAAAAUUGAUGUCUAUGCAUUUGGUGUGGUACUUCUUGAGCUUCUUUCAGGUAGAAAGCCAAUUAUUAGUGAAUGUCCAAAGGGCCAGGAGAGCCUAGUAAUGUGGGCAAAACCAAUUUUGAAUGGCGGAAAGGUUUGCCAGUUGCUAGAUCCAAGCUUGGGUAGCAACCAUGACGAUGAUCAUAUUGAAAGGAUGGUUUUGGCUGCCACCCUUUGCAUUAGACGUGAACCUAGAUUACGGCCUCAAAUCAGUCUUAUUUUGAAGGUUCUCCAAGGAGACGAGGAAGUGACAAGGUGGGCAAAGCAACUAGUCCGUACACCAGAAGAAGUUGAUGCCUUAGAUGGGGGGGAAGCAUUUACCAACAUCAAAUCCCAUCUUAAUGUGGCAUUGCUGGAGAUGGACGAUGAUUCACUUUCUAUCAGUAGCAGUGAGAGAAGUGUGUUGUUGGAGGAGUAUCUGCAAGCGAGAUGGAGCCGCUCUUCAAGCUUUGACUAAGAUUGUCUGCACAGGAAUGCAAUUCUGCAAGCAAACAUUGUUUGUUUUGUAUAUAUAUUAUGCCUUUUUGUGUUUUGUUUUAUCAAUUUUUUGGUUCACUCACUUAAACUGCAAUGCUGGUUGGUGGGUCUUGGAAGCGAGGUUGUUUGCAAUUGGUUUGCCCCCCCUCCUGGACUCAAGCCCUUGGUGUCUGUUUAGCCUUUAAGCAAAAUGUUAAGAGAGCAAGCAAGCACCCGUUAUUCUGUUCACAUGAUGACUGAUAAUAGAGUCAUCCCCUCCCUCGACUUUGAACCAGAAAAAGGGAGAGAGAGAGAGAGAGAGAGAGAGAGAGAGAGAGCUAGACGCCUAACCACUCACCGAAAGUGCCCCCUUUUUUUUUUUUUUAUAGGCUCAAAAAGUGCACUGGCCAGAUGUUUAAUCUACCAUUUUAGACUUUUCGGUCGCUCUGCAACUAGCCACCGUUGGUUUUUCUUUUUGGUCAGAUGCGUCUUAUUAAUUAAUAUCCUCCCAUCUUUUUGUGUAUCUCCAUUAAUUACUUGAUUUUAUAUUCCUUUUCAUUCAUUUCCUCCCGUAAAGUACACAUCGGGUCCCUUUAUUCGUUGCUGUUGUGAAACUAUGGCUGUUACUUCAAGU